GUCAAGUGAUAAACUUUCAUUUAGUUGUUGAUGUUUUCGUCCAAGAUGAAGUUUCUGGUAGCAGCUUGUCUUGUGUCUGUAGUUUAUGGGCAGAUUCCCAUACCAACGCGGGAAGUCGGCUAUGUUUAUAAAAAUGGUUCUGAUUCUGCUCCCGUUCACCUGGAUGCCUUCCUUGAUUUAAUAUGUCCCGGCAGUAAACAGGCGUUACCAACGUUACUUCAAGUAGCAGAGAUGUAUGGACCCCAGCAGUUGCAGCUGACAGUCCACCUGUUUCCUUUACCAUAUCACAGAAACUCAUUCUAUGCCACCAAGGGUGCUCAUGCAAUCGCUUCCUUAACACAGGGCAACCUGACUUUUGAUUGGAUCAAUUUAGUUUAUAAAAACAUGCCCGUUCUGGUAAACUCAGCAACACAUCAAUUCACAGAAGAUCAGAUGAAAACUAAGUUCUCGAACUUUGCCAGUAUCCUUGGUCUAUAUCCAGAACUAUUUAUACCUUUGUUAGAUGAUCCACAUAUUGAAGAAGAUACAAGAGUCGCCUGGAAAUAUGCUUGUACAAGAGGAGUUGCUGGUACACCAACCUUUAUGGUGAAUGAUGUUCUAGUAGACGGUAGUCCAGCCUGGACAGCAGCUCAAUGGAAGCAGAUAAUUGAUGCAGUACUCCAUCCAUCCAAAACACGACAAACUUCUAAAUCCAACCGUCUAUCGGCAUGUGCACCAAAUACUAAAAGAUGUGAAUAUCUACCUGGUAAAAUAGAAUGUUGUACAAGUGGUGAGGCCUGUAUUCCUAAUGUUGGUUGUCGUUGUUAAUACUGUAGGCCUUCACGAUACCUGUGGCAAGUUGUCGUUGUUAAUGCUGUAGGCCUUCACGGUGCCUAUUGUUGUUGCUGUUGUUAUUGUUAUUGUAGGCCUUCACGAUAUCUGCUAUUGUUGUUAUUGUUGUAGGCCUUCGCGAUCUGUUGUUGUUAAUACGGCUAAACCUAGCUAUUUGUUAAGGCCAGCUCAAUUUUUGUGAAGGUCGUCGAGAUGUAAAUAAGGUUAGGGCACGUGAUUGUUGUUGAGAUUGUAGGUUAGGGUUAGGGUAAGCAUUGGGGCUAGGUCUAGGGUUAGGAUUAAGGUUAGGGUUAGCGCUAGCCCUGUUUACAUCUCAGGACCUAUGACGAUAAAUUGAGCUGACCCUAUCAUUUAGCACAUAACCCAAAACAAGUCCUGUGUCCAAUGUUGGUUGCGGUUGUUAAUUAAAUGUUUGGUACAUGGUUGUGUAUAUUGUAAAAUAGU